CUGCCGCUGGAGGGCGAAGACCCUUGCCGCUCUUCCCUUGCGCUUUCCUCCUCGCCUUCGUCUUAAACGCUCCAAAACAUGGCGGCGGGCCAGCGACGUGCGUUAUCGGCGGGUUCUCAUUUUCCAAGCGACGGCUGAAUGGGUACGUAAUGGCUGAGGGAGCCUUCUCUUUCAUUGGUGCCACCCUCCCCUGGCUGCAGCAUGGCUGAGGUCAGGCGUUCAGAAGUUCUGGCUGCAUCACGGUCCCGUACGGGAUGGCUUGAUGAACCCCCUCCUACAUCUUCAUCUCCUACAUCUCCAGCAAAGCCCUUCAUUUCAAGUCUGCGCUCAACUUUUGAGCAACGAACGAACCAGACACAAGAUGGUGCUGAGCGGCGACGUGUGGCACCGGCAGGCUCCAAGGCAGGGUCUAAGGUCAGCUCGAUUGCAAAUAUGUUCCAGGCCCGUGAUGAUUGCAAAACUGCCUCCAAUGAAUCGCUCUCACGCACGUCCCCCCUAGAGCCAAAUAUAACCGAGGCAGCAAGACCGUCGGGACCGCCAACGUUAACACGGAGUGACAGUCAUGUUGCACGGUUUUACAAUGCGCGCGCCAUGUUUGAGCGUCUGCAGGAGGCAUCCAAAAAGCCCCAGCCUGUGUCAGGGCGCAAAGGAAGUGUGGCCAGCUCACCAGCUAGCUCUCCAUCCUCUGCCACACCUGCCACAUCAUUCCCCAAAUGGAACGAAGAGGGGCCUGCCGAGGAAUGUGCCCAAGGCCUUGUAAAUGGAGACUCCCAGCACAGUGCCAAAGGCAGUACUGAGGCAGUCAGUGACCCUGCCAGAAAUGGGCUCAGUUCUGCCAUCUCCAAUGGUGUUACAAGGCCGGAGCUGCCAGAAAUAUGUGCUGGAAAAGAUGCUGCAGCCUCCGAAGCUGAAACUCCUGUUAAGGUACCGCAGCACAAAAAGCCGUCGGCACCACCACGGGUGGAAUCAUUGAGGCGGUCGUCUGAAGAUGGCCUCUUGCAGGCAGAGCUGCCUCGACCACCUGAAGAAGCCAGUGUGGUGUCGCAGGAACCUCCAGUCCCCCCACACAGUCAACCUGUGGGUGAAGAAACAAAUCAAACUCUGUCGUCUGCUCAAAGUAGUUCUAGUUGUUCAUUGGACUCGGCGACUGGGGAAUCUCGAAUUUCAGACCACGCAAAUGAACAGUUGGAUGCACUUGCCAAAAACUCAGUGCCUGUAUGCUCAAACAAACCACAGCAGGAGCAUAGCACAGCACACCUAAAAGAAGAUAGCCCGCUCUGUGCUGAUCCCAGUAAAACAAAAGAAGGAGAAAAGAGCUGGGGAGCUUCAGAAGGAACUGAUAGUGCCAAACAGCCCUCAGGUAGUGUGUUUGCUCGGACCAACAAUAGCAAGCCACCGUUGCCUUCUAAACCUCCGGUGCUCCAUCACGCUUCCAAGCAUGACUCCUGUCCCUCAGUUGAAAUGGAUGAUGUGCCUCAUUGGCCUCAGCAAGAUUAUGUUGGCCACAAUGGGAUUAGUGAGCCCCCUUCCAACAGCGUUCUUCUCUAUACGCUAGCAGCUGCAUCAGGAAGAUCUACCAUGCUUCUACAACAGGACAGUGUCUGCCAUGACAAGUACAGCAACAACAGUGGUUUAAAGCAUGCCGCGGGUGAAACCUUGGCAGAGCUUGGGACGCGAGAGCAUGAAUUAUUCAACGUUGAAGCAGUCAUAAAUUCUCGCUCGUACAAAGGGGAUCCAUUUGGAGAUAUUAACCUUGAUGCCCAAGUGGACGGAAGUGGUGUGGAGUUCAUGACACAGGAAGAGGCAGAUAAGCUACUUAGUUCGAGUCGGCAACAAGAAAUACUGAGUGAUGAAGAAGCCCAAGAGGUGCGGCGGCUGCUUGUACUGCGCACGCCGUCGCCAACGGUGGCUGAAGAGGAGAGUAGGCCACCCAGUGUAGUGCUGUUGGAGGAGGAGGGCGUCGCCUACCAUGUGUUGCCAGAUGGACACUUCUUUACUGAACAGCCUGGCCUGGCAAGCGACGAGGAGGAAGAGCCGUAUCCAGUGCCCUUCCAGCCGCGCCCUUCACGCGUCAAAUUCAGCACAGAACCCAUAAAGGUUUUCAGCACGCAUUCAGUUGAUGAGUAUGACAGACGAAACGAUGAAGUGGAUCCAGUAUCGGCGUCGGCAGAAUAUGAACUUGAAAAGAGAAUCGAAAAGAUGGAUGUGUUUCCUGUUGAACUUGUAAAAGGGCCAGAGGGGCUGGGCCUCAGCAUUAUUGGCAUGGGAGUUGGUGCCGAUGCUGGGUUAGAAAAACUAGGAAUUUUUGUCAAAACUAUUACAGAGAAUGGAGCUGCCUACAAGGACAACAGAAUUCGUGUCAAUGACCAAAUUAUAGAAGUGGAUGGAAAAUCUCUUGUCGGUGUGACACAAGCCUAUGCUGCUUCAGUUUUGAGAAACACAUCUGGUCUUGUUCGGUUCUUGAUUGGGCGUGAGCGGGACUCUACAAACAGUGAGAUAGCGCAGCUGAUCUACCAGUCGAUUCAGGCAGACAGGGAACGGGAGGCCCGGCUCAAAGGCGUUGCCCAGGAGGUAAUGCCUGGUGGUGGGCUGGACUCCCUUGCUUCGACUCCUGAUGACGAAGUGGAUGAAUUGGCCCCUGGUGCCAGCUUCGAGCUUUCAAAUGACAGCAGUGAUUCCCUCUCGCCUGAUGCUGACCCAGAUAACUUACGACUGCGGUUCAAGGAAACACAAUACCGUCUGGCAGUGGCUGAGGCAGAGGCACGGUCGGUGCGUGAGCGACUGUCAUUGGCCGAAGGCGAGCGGCGAGAUCUGGGCCGUCUGCUGGAGGGGGCCCAGGGACGGCUGCAGGAGGCCGAAGCUGCGGGCCAGGCACUGCGCCUGGAAGCUGCCCAGCAGCGCCAAGCAGCCCACGAAUUGCGCGAGCGUUUGGCCGCUCUCGAGGCCAAAUAUGCUCGUGCCAAGCGCUUGCUGCGUGAUCUGCAACAGCGUGCCCAUGAGGCUCGCCAGCGUGAAGAAUACCACCUGCAUCAGUUGCACGAGAAGGAUCACGAGUACAAUGCUCUUGUCAAGGCACUCAAAGACCGGGUCAUCCUGCUUGAGAACUGCCUGACGGAGACGCAGAAAGCGGCUGGUGUUCCCGUGCAGUUACCCUAUGAUAAUACAAUGAAACUUCUUACACCUCAAAUGAAAAAGCGAAGGCCACCACCUCCUGCAGUUCCUCUUUCGGAACUGGACAGUGAUGAUUGCCUGAGGUGUGAAUUGAGCCCUGAUGAAGUUUCUGGCGAUCAGCGGAGAUCAACAGUGGAGCGGCGUGGCGCGGGCGAUGCAUUUGAUCGAGCAGUGCCUCAUACUGAGCUUCUGGAUUCGACUGCUGCCAAAGCUAAGGCUGAGCUGGCUGCCAAGGGCAGCCUUGCGAACCGACAGCCCCCUUCUGUGUCGGCUCUCAAGAAACAAACAAGCACUGACCUAGCUUCUCCUGAUGAGCAGCAGGAUCUCAACACAUCUAUCAACAGCACAGGGUCAGAGACAUCGGUUCAAAGCUCAUCACAUUUAUCUGACACAAGCAAUGCAUCAGACUCUUCACCUACUAGACCUCUGUCCCAGCAGCUUGGCGAUGACUUUAAGUCAGCUGUUCUUCAGUGGCAAAAUAGGGGGCACACUGAGAGCUCUGGGUCCCUGGGCUCCUUGGACAGCCCACCUGGAAAGCGAGUCUCCUCACUCUCAUCACCAACAGACUCCCAGCAGAGCCUCUCACCGGUCCCCACACCACCACCUCAUGCUCAGAAAGUUACCCUGCUCACUCAUAAGAAGAUUGAUGGCAGUUUGCCUCGGGACUGCGGCAGCAGCAGCAGCUUGCGGUCCAGCAGCAGCAACCAGGGGGAAUCCAGUGGACGCGAACGGCGUGAGGAAGUGCGGCCACAUCACUGGCAGAGCGGUCCUGUAGACCGCUGGAGUGUGUCCCAAGUGGGCCAGUGGCUGGUGGUGCUGGGCCUAGAAGCACAUGUAGCCACCUUUGCCACUCAGGGCGUUGGUGGUGAAGCUUUGCUGCUGUUGGACAGUGCCCGACUUAAGGAGCUGGGAGUGGUGUCUACAAAUGAUCGGUCUUUGCUGAAGAAGAAGGUCAAGGAGCUUCGAUCCCAGCUGGACAAGGAGCGCAAGGCCCAAGAGAAGGAAUUGCGUGCCCGUGAAAAGCUUCAGCGCAAGGCAGACAAGGCAAAGCGCAAGUGGCUUCAUCUUUGUGUACCAUGUGCGAUAGACACAAGGGAACAGCAAGUGCACUUCAAUAGCACCGACAGACAAAGUGCAUAUCGGCGUGAUAGGCGCUCGCCCUAUACUUUAUUUCGUGUAUAAAUAUCCCAUGACCUGUGAAUAAAAUAAAGUGUACCCCUGCA